AUGCACGACCGAAGUAAUAUGCCCUCCAUCCGGAACAGGCCAACAGUGGACGAAGCCCGAAGGAGCAACUCGCGUGGACCACUGCAGCAGGCGCAACAGACGUCGCGCCCUCCGUCGGUCGGAUCUGGGAAGGAGAAGGGAAAGGAACAGACGUUCAUGGAUCGCUGGGUGGAGCCUUCCCUGGCUGCACCGAAGCCCAGCUACCAAGAUCAUGGCGCGGGACCAUAUGGAGUCCUUGAACAUAUGCAACCGCUUGGGGAGGCGCCCAGUGCAAAGGUCAAGGCAAGAGUGAAAGGAGACGGGUCGCGCAAGUCAGUACUCGGGCGCAGCUCUGCAGCCCUGGGCGCGGAUGCUCAGGAGACACCUGAAGGGACACCAGCACCUGCAGCAGACACGCCGCAGCCUAUGGAUCUGCCUGUGCAGCCGCCGAUUGUCAUCGAUGAUGAGAGGGACACAGACUACGCGCCGACGGUCAAUGGGAAGAAGAAAGAACGUGCAUCUCGUGCUCGAGCUGUGAAGCGGAAGAGUGAAUCGGCAUCAUCAGCAACUCCUGCAGCACAGCCGCCGCAAACCAAUAAUGUUCCUCCGAAGAAGGAGGUCACCUUCGAGUACGACGGCGAGAAGCUACUGAAGGUUGUGGAGGCCGCUAAAGCUCGUGCGCGCGAGGUUGGCAAACCAGACCUCGCCGACGCUGUGCACGCCAUCUACCUUCAGAGUCUGGAGAACUUCCAACUCAGAGUCUUGCUAGAGGCUAUCCUCACGCAGCAGGCGACUCCAGAACAAAACGCCUCGUUUCAACAAUACGUGCGAGCAGCCAAAAAGAAGCUCAAGGACGCCAAGCUUCAAUCCCGGCACCAGCCGGCGAAGACAAUUGGAAUGGGGACAAUAGAGAAGACUCCUGCAGUUGCUUCACCUACUCCAAAACUCACACUGAAUCCUGCUCCUCAUCGACAACCAGAAAUUUCUUCCGCCAUACCAUCUACAGAAAGACAAGAACCUACCAAACCAAGAAUAUCACUCAAAGUCAAGUCACCUCACAAGGAUCCCAACCGACAUCGUUCACACAACGGCAAGAUGUCUGUCUCUCCAAGGAAGCGCGAGCGUGCCAACAGUAACGCCAGUGACUCUUCUCUCACCGACCUGACCUCCAACGACGGCGAGGACGACGUGGAGGUCGACCAACAGGAGCCCGACAGUGAUCUGGCUGGCCCGUCUAUCAGAGUCAACGGCACCAAAGGUAAGGAUCUCGCAGCAGAGCGUGGCUCCCUUGCAGUUCCUGGCACCAGUGCGAAACGGUCAUCAGCAGAGGCCGAGCUCGAGCAAGAGCGUGACCGCGAAAUGGCCGCCAAAAAGCAGAAGCUCAGUGGUGGCGUCAAACGCGAGUAUGAUUUCGAGGAGAGCAACGUCAGACCAACUCUGUCUGCAGCUCGAUUGCGAGGCCCAAAGCUCAAAGCGAGCGCACUGGCACCGCCAUCUCUGAGGCUGGAGCCAAAUGGCAGUCGUACCGCAAGUGCACGAGGCAGUCGUGCACCAUCUAUGGACGUUGACUCACCACUCUCAGCUCUAUCAUCGCCGGCAACUUCACGGCAGAGCACCCCAAGAGUCUGGCAGGUCAAGCCCAAGCCAAAACAAAGAGCGAAGACCAAGCAGUCGCCCGAAAAGAAGCAACAGGCAGCCCUCGGUGGCAUGUCAGGCGUUGAUGGCGCAGGAAGGGAAAGCCCAAUCGGGGAUGAUGAAAAUGAAGAGCUUGGUUCCGAAAAUCAGGACUAUUGCUCCUCCUGUGGUGGCAGUGGCUAUCUGCUCUGCUGCGACGGCUGCGAUCGCGCGUUCCACUUCGCCUGCGUGGACCCGCCACUCAACCCAGACGCAGAGGAACUGGAUGAGCCAUGGUAUUGCAACAUCUGCGUGGCGAAGAGGCCGAUUGGACCCGAGUCGCCUGAGAAGCCCACUCGUGGAUUGUUUUCGUUUCUUAUCAGCGAUUUGAAGAAACGGAAUCCGACUAACUUUGUUCUGCCUGAGGGCAUCAAGAAUUACUUCGAGGGUGUCUCAAGUGACAAGAAUGGCGCCUUCGUGGAGUCCAUGAACGCCACAAAGAACACCAGGAGCCGUCCCGGAUACUCAGAUGACCAGCCAGACUACUACCGAUUGCGUGACAGCAAGGGUAGUCUGGUCUUGUGCUAUGCUUGCGGCAAGUCCUCACAAGUCAACCCGUUCUCCCCGAAGCGACCGAUUGUCACUUGCGACCACUGCACACAACACUGGCACCUGGACUGCCUCGACCCGCCUCUGGCCAACCCACCCGCGCUCAACCAGAAUGGCAAGAAGGUCCAUGACUGGAUGUGUCCGCUCCACGCUGACCAGGAGCUGCAAAGAGUCGACGUCGCUCUGCUCAAUCGCCACCAUCGCCGCACUGUUCAUCUGCGCAAGCCUAGAGUGCCAAAGGUCCAGGAAGUCGCGCUCUCCCGUGGCUCUGUCAACAAUGGCCUCGUUGAUGUCGCCGAAGACUCCUCUGACGAUUCCGAGGGCGAGUUCUACGAAGAGGGUGAUGACUCCGAGGGCACCCUGCUCAAGCUUCCAGCCCAAGGCAUCAAGCUUGACUUCAUCGACAAAGUCAAGAGUACUCGAGUGCAGCAAUACCACGAUAAUGUCAUCUCUUACAAGCGUGCGCGUCUCGCCGCCAACGCCACUGCCGCUAUUCCAAGCGCCCUAGAGCAAGCCAACUUUGCCAGACGGCCCUUCAACGAGAAGCAACUCGCACUUCAGCUCACCCAGUUUGCAAGCGACAACAAAGACUUCGACCUUGGCAGCGACCGGGUGGAGAACUUGGUCGGCACCUUAAUCGCCGAAGCACCAUCUGAGGUGGUUAACGACAUGAUGUCCGAGGAAACGAAGCAGAGCAAGUCUGCAUCUUCUGUUGUCCCUCCAUCGCCGCCAGCGUCGGAACAGACUGAAAUGACCGAGGACAAUCGCCGACAGCUGGAGAUGCUACGCGACCUCAUCAAUCGCAGACUGGAAAGCGGCAAGUCUUGA